CGUGGAGUUCAUGCGCCACACACGCUACGCUACGUAGCGUAGCGAGUUCUAGGCCUGCGCUGUGCCAGCAGCAGACCGCAGCUUCACGCCGGCGACGUGUGCUAGAACACUUGCACGCCUUCGACGCUGCAGACGCUGCCUCCGGCAUACUGCUCUCUGCAGCUCAUCACAGCGCAGCGUUGCUCAAAACGCGCUAGACUUGGAAGCAGCGAUCAAUAACUUGCGGCGACGACGCGACCGCACCGAUGUCAGGACGGGCGCAGAUCCUUUCCCUCUACCGGCGGAUCCUGUUCGCGGCGGCGCGCUUCCCGAGCAAGAACCGCGCGAACGUCUACGCCGAGAUCCGCGACGAGUUCCGGCGCAACGCGACGCUCGCCGAACCGGAAGCCGGCGAGGCCGUCGCGCUCGCGCGCCAGUCGCUCCGCCAGCUCGAGGCCUACACGACCAUGACGCGGUCCAGCGGCAACUGGGAGAUCACCAUGGAGAAGAACCCCAUGCCCAAGCCCCCGAGCGCCGACGCAUCAUCGAGUGGCGGCGCGGCGGGCGCGUCAUGA